UUCGAACCCGCAGAUUUGUGAGUCGAGCACCCUAACUAACUGUCCAUGCCGAGCCAUAUAAUAGGGAUAAACAUGAAACAGAAUAUUUAAUAAAACGUAUUCUCUGAUGUGUAUUUACGUAAUUAUCACUUUACCUAUAUGUGUGUGUGUCUGCGGCCAUACAUAAAUAUAUCUUAAUAUAGUGUUCACUUAACAGUUUAUUUUGUUGUCUCCUUACAGCUAUCGUUUGUAUUAAAGUUAUCUCCUUGAACAAAGUAGCUCCUGAAAAUGAAAAAUCAGAAACAGUCAGUUUGGAAAAAGGAGUGAAGGAGAUCGUGACACCGGAUGAAAUGAACCAGUUCGUAACAAAGCCAGAUGAGGAGAAGAUUGAACCAGAACGUGGGGAAUGGGGAGGAAAACUGGGCUUUCUUUUAAGUUCUAUAAGCUACGCUGUCGGUCUUGGCAACGUAUGGCGGUUUCCAUACUUGUGUUAUGAAAAUGGUGGAGGGGCAUUUUUGUUUCCCUACCUGAUCUGUUUAAUCUUGUGUGCUGUUCCUGUCUUCUUCCUGGAAGUGGCCAUUGGUCAGUAUCUCAGCAUUGGUGGUAUAGGCGUCUGGAAUUUAGUACCUAUCUUUAAAGGAAUUGGCUUUGCUUCAAUGACCAUCGUUUGUCUCUGUAAUAUCUAUUACGUGGUGAUAAUAGCUUGGACGUUAUUCUACCUCGUGUCCUCAAUGACGUCACAGCUGCCGUGGGAAACGUGUGGUAAUUGGUGGAACACUGAAAACUGUGUGAAAGAAGGAACCAACAUUACCGGACUGAAUAUUACAGCCGCUGAAACAGAAUCCCCUAUUAUUGAAUUCUGGGA